GCUCGAGAAAAGUAGCAAAAGGGAAGGAGGCAAAAAAACAAAGAGGAAGAAGUCAAUGGAUACUUUUUACAGCGCUGAGAGCACGUGGACUCUGGAAUAAAAAAGAAAAAGCUUUUUUUCCGCAUCUUUUUUUUUUUUUUACCGCUAAGUGACGAUCAGCAGCGAUCAGCGUCAAAGCCGCAUCCUAUAUAUAUCUCAUAUAUCUGAUAUUAUUUACUGUAUCAUGGAUCUGGUUGGGGAACUGGGAUUCGCCUGGUCUGUUUGAUGAGUUUUUUAUGUGUGGAUCUGGGAGAACUGUGCCGCUGAUCCUCACUGUAAUUGUAGAGUAAGACUUAGUCCAUUACCAAAUUGGGAGAAACGCGGUGGAAAAGCGGUAUGGAAAGUCUCGGGGCAGCGAGUUUACAGACUUGGUGGAAGUGGAAAUUCUUUAAGGAAUCGCUUCUGCUUUGCUUAUUUGUGGGUCGUGGAGAGGCCCAGUGUAAUGGCUGUGUUGAGUACUGUUGUGAUGGAGUGCCUCCUUUCUGCUGUUCGUACUACGCCUACGUCGGGGACGUCCUCUCGGGCACUGCGAUUUCCGGGAUCGUGUUUGGUGUGGUGUUUCUGAUGGGUGCGGUGGCGGCCGUGUUCCUGUGUAUCUGCAUGUGCGUGAAGAACAGCCGAGGAGCGAGGGUGGGCGUCUUCAGCACGUCCUACAUCAACACAGUGACUCAAAGCUACCCAGGUCCACCCCCUCCUUAUAGCUACGAUUACGAGAUGUAUCCUCCUGACCUUCGACCUCCUCCAUACACCCCAACACCCCCCCGAACAGCAAACUACUCCCCACCUCCACCCUAUCCAGGAUACAACAGGAAAUGAACCAGCCUCUUCAGCACGCUCACACUGGAGCUAUAGGGACAGAAUAUAAAUAUAUAAAUAUAUAUAAAUAUGAUCUCCAGUUCUUCUGCAGUGCUCAGAGUGAUGAACUGUGAAACGUCGCUUCUCCUGCUACAGAAUGAGGAACAGAGCGGACUGCACUGGAGACUGCUGUGUGUACAAUCUACAGUACGAACAGGCUGAAUCUCAGACCUGAGGGUCGGAUUAAACGAGCUCGUUUGAAGGUGUUGUUGUCCAGCCCGGCUGAAAUGGGGAUGUGGAUCGUCCUCAUGGUGGCUUAUUCUAUAUGGUUGAACUUGUAGUUUUUUUAUUAAUUGUUUUUAUGGACAUUAGAAUGAAGGUGGAUUGUGUCUCGAAUGGCGAUGGACUAUAAAGAAGUAGCCUACAAACCGACUGAAAGAGAAAAGAGGCAAUAACUCAAUGGCUAAUCACAUUCUCUCUCUCUCUUUCUCUCUCUUUCUCUCUCUGGUGUAAUAACUUGAACAGUAAUAAAAAAAAACCUUGUGUCUGAUUUUUUUUUCAUUUUACAGUUUUUGACAUACUUUAUUUUUUGCACUAUAAGGUGCACCGAAUUAUAAGGAGCAUUAUGCGACACUAGUAAGGAACAGGGGCCUCGCUAUAUUUUUCUACUAAUUCAGCACGUCUCGCCACUGGGUGGAAGGGGGGGUGGUAAUUAAGUUAAGUAAAGCUAGGCUAAGUCAACAAAACUGUAAUUCUUAAAAAAAACCUGUUAAUUUUGGUAAGUGAAGUGCUUUCGUUUAUUUACAGUAAGCUUAGAUUUCAGCAGCAUUGGCCUUAGCAGCUAAACCCUAGCGCUAGCGCAGUGCUAGUAAAUGCCGCCUGACAGCGCUACACUAAGGAACCCUGAGUGUUUCGGUAAGCCAGGGUAAUUUUAGCUAGCGGUUCGUCCCACGUAGUAUGUUUUAACAUGAUAAAUGCGCAGACUACAAUGUACUCACCUCUGAAUGACAAAAGAGUGCUUAGCACAGUUAGCAGGUAAUGCUAAUUCUGCUCCAGCAGUGCUAACCAGGGAUAGCAGUAAGCUACAGGCCAAUAUACUCACCUCAGAACGGCGAAAAAGCAAGCUUAGCUCGGUUAGCUGCUCCAGCAGUGCUAGCCGAGGUUAGCGCAGGCUACAGUCCUAUAUUCUCACCUCUAAACAGCGAAAGAGCUAGCACUUAGCUCGGUUAGUGGCUAAUUCUAAUACUGCCCCAGUCUUGGUGCUGGAGAAACUAAACUCAAACUAAACCUGACUGGCAGAAAUCAUACAUAAGGUGCACAAGAUUAUAAGGUGCAAUGACGAUUUUUUUGGGAAAAUUAAAGGUUUUUAAGUGCACCUUAUAGUGUGAAAAAUACGGUAAUUUGUACCUGACACAUCUUCUUUACAAUAUAUCAGAAUGUCAUGAUGAAUAGACUAAUAGAAUUUUUUUACAUUGUCUUAUGUUAAAAUUAGAGAUGUCUUUUUUUUCUUGUAAAUCUAAAUGUUUUGGAGAUGCAAUGAUUUGGCGUGAGGCAGACAACAAUAAAACACUUUAUGAAGAA